AUGUUAUCAGCUUCUACUCCAGCUUCUAUACAAGAUAGUUUAUUACAAAAAGUUAUGUUAAAACUUCGACCAAAAGAAUUGGUUUAUAAUCCACCAUUCCAAGGAUUGAUGACCAAUAUAUUGAAAUUACAAAAUGUUAGUGAUAAGAUUCUAGCAUACAAAGUAAAGACUACUGCACCAGCUAAAUAUUGUGUUAGACCAAAUACCGGUAUCAUCCCACCAGGUGAAACCAUAGAUGUUCAAAUUAUAUUGAAUUGUACAAAGGAUAUGCCAUCAAUGUCUGUAAAGACUAAAGAUAAAUUCCAAAUUCAAAGUACAGUUGUGAGUGAAGUCUCUGCUGAUCCAAAAUUAAUUUGGAGUACAACACCUGUAAAUCUAAUCAUUAAGCAAAGAUUAAAAGCUGUUUUUGCUUCUCAACCUGGUGUCGAACAAUUACAACAAUCACAACAACAACAACAAACAAAGAUGGAAGAUCUAUCGGUCAUUUCUAAUCAAUCAUUAAUGUCAAGUGCUUUGGGUCAUAGUGACUCUGAGGAUGAAAAGGAUAAUUUUGCCGACUUGUCUACUAUUACUCCAUCACAAACCUCACCAACCGUUGAACAAGGAAAAGAGGAUUCUCAAAUACGUAAAAGACCAACAACAACAACAGCACAAUCAAAUAAUAACAACAAUCCAUCAUCAUCAUCAUCAACUAACCAAGAAAAAGAUUCUAUCGAAAAGGAAAAUGCUUCAUUAACAAACGAACUUCAAACUCUAAAAGUGAAACUUGAAACAAUGGAAAAACAAUUACAUAGAGGCGGAAAUAACAACAACAACAAUAAUUCUUCACAAACCCAACAACAACAACAACAACGACAAGUUGGAGGUUUCAAUUUUUCAUUAAUUCAAACUUUGUUGACUGUACUCUUAAUCGCUGCAAUCUCAUUUUAUUUUGUUUUAUUAUUAAUAUUAACUAUUUUUUCUAGUUUUUGUUUUGGAGAAGUAGAGGUUUCAGCACAUGAAUACAAUUUACCAUGUUUGCCUUUGACAAAAUCAAUCAUUAAUCCAAAUAAUGUUACCAAAGUUAGACCAAAUGAUAUAAAGGUUGUCAUGGCAAUUGGAGAUUCUCUUACUGCUGGAUUUGCCCUUACCUAUCAUCGAUCUGGUGCCGGUGAUAGUUAUAUAGGAGAAUCAAGAGGUAGAUCCUUUUCUCUUGGUGGUGAUUCAAACAUUGCAACCAUCCCAAAUUUCCUAAAACAAAUUGGUGCAAAUACAAUUGGACAAUCAUAUGGAAGAAGUUUACCAUUAUUACAUUUAUUUCCAGAGGCAAUGAGAGAUUUUUUUAGAUCUCCAUCUACUCACAAAUUAAAUGCUGCUGUUAGUCAAGCCAACUUGUAUGAUGUACAAGAACAAAUGCUCUAUUUAAAGAGUUUUGUUGAUCAAGUCCAGCCUCCAAUUGAUAUUAUUCAUGAUUGGAAAUUAAUCAAUUAUUUUAUUGGUGCAAAUGAUAUUUGUGAUUCUUGUGAUAAAUCUAAAAAUCAAUCAACUAUUGCAUUUUGGCAAGAUAAUUAUUUAAAUUCAUUAUCAACAAUUCGAGAAUAUUUUCCAAGAACCAUUGUCAAUGUUAUCCUAGUACCACAACAUCUAAGUGAUAUGAGUGAAAUGGGAAAAGGGGAAUUUUGUAGAAUUAUUCGUGAUCAUAUUAUGCAAGAGUGUAAAUGUGCAAAGAAUUCUGAUUUUAAUUCAUUAUUAGAUACAAUGUCGAUUGAAUAUAAUAAUAUUAUGAAAAAAUCAGUAGAUAUUAUAAAUAAUGAUAGUAAAUUACAUAAUAUUCAAUUUAGAGCCAUAAUACAACCCUUUUUAUCUCAAGCUAGAGUUAAAAGAUCUUUUUUAACAGAUUUUGAUUGUUUUCAUUUUAGUGAAAUUGGUGGUCAAGUUGCUGCAAUUGGAUUAUGGUAA